AUGCCAUCGUCGCUGACCCAGUACGGCGAUCCCAAUAUCGACCGCACUCACUACUACGCGUUACCUCCACUAUCAACUUCCCCCCUCCCAGACAUACCUCGUUUUGACCCCUCCUCGGUGGCCAGUUUCGAGUCCGCGGCACAAGAACUCGACACUGGCGCUAAUAUUGUCCCUGUUGAUGAGUUGUAUGUCCACAUGAAUGAUACGAAGCCACCGGUCAACUUCAAUCAAGCUCUCGAAGGUGGCCAUGAGUGCCAACCAAUCUAUGACCCCUUCUUGACAACGGACUCUCGUUAUAAGCAAUCGAGCUUCCUACCUUUUCAAGAAACGAUUUCACCAUACCUCCUCGAUUGUCCGACGGAUCUCUAUGACCAGCCUUCAUGUUCAAAUGUGCAAGAUACCACGAACCUCCUGGGUAUCGAUCUCGACAACUCAGCCGCCAUGAACGUGCCUGCAUCGACAUACAAUCUCACCAGCUCUCACAUGGGAGAUACAUGGAUGACCCCCAACCCGUUGGACGCUUCACCCCUGUUUUCUGUUCCAGAUCCUAUCCUGGCACUUGAUGGGAUUGGAACUUGCCAUGAAGACCCUUCAAGAAUAGGGGACACAUUUGCACCAUACCUUACUGGGCUCGAAACCGACAAUCUCCCAACAGUGUACAGUGACAUUGGUCUUGAGAAUCAGACCUUCGAAUUCUCUUCGCCAUUGUACUCUUUCCGUACGGAUACCUUAUCACUUGAUUAUGUUCCAGAUCUCACGCUUGGCCCUUCACAUCUUCAGCAUGAGCCCGCCCUAGAUGCAUCCAUGGACAACUUUUACGAUGUCGGUUCUGAGAUGAAUAGCCCAUUUGACGACCAUACCGACUGGAGUGUUCGCCAUUCAGAGAGUCCUACGCACGACGUGCUCCAUAAACGUGCCAAGGGUAGAAGUACUCAGAGAGAUACUUCUAAAGAUGAUCUUCUGAUACGAUUGAAAACACAGGGAUUAUCCUACAAGCAAAUCAAGGACAUGGGUGGUUUUGAUGAGGCCGAGUCUACAUUGAGGGGAAGAUAUCGUGCACUUACGAAACCGAGGGAGGCCAGAUUGAGAAAACCAGAAUGGGGAAAGCGUGAGAUCCAAUUACUAUUCGACGCAGUCUACCACUUCUCGAAGUCUACCUCUGAUUUCUUAUUCCCGGAUGGUCACCUCGAUGACGUUGCUUUGAAUCAACUUGUCAACAAGAUACCUUGGAAAAAGGUCGCCGAAUACAUGGAAAGUAAAGGUGCUUACAGAUAUGGCAACUGGACUGUCAAAAAGAAGUACAUGGAUACUUUGAAGGCGCGCGCUAUCGUCCCCUGA